CGCAGCUAAUUUAGGCCUCAAAGAUAAUCAAAAUUCGGGGAAACCUACCGCUGGUCGUUAUGUUCCUCCGCACUUGAGAAAUCGUGAACAAUCUCAACAGCAACCCGCGCAGCAACAACGGUCACAAAGAUAUAAUGAAAAUAAUAAUAACGAUCAAAAUAGUAACGAGUCUGACGAGUUGGUUCCACCUCUUCAAUCACGCCGUUCUAACGGAUGGCAUCAGAGGAAUGAAAG